CUCCAAAACGCCAAAAAACAUCGACCAUCGAUUUCGAGGAGGAGGAGGAGGAGAAGAAAAAAAAAAGGAGGGAAGGGAAAUAGUUUUCUCCAGCGGAAUAGGAUGUCAUGUUGUUCAUCCCUAUCAGCUGCUCCUACCUCCAUGUCUUUGAUUACCAAGCGCAAAUUCCCGAUUGCUGUUGACAAACCUGCGAUCGUUUCCAUGAAUUCUCGAUUUAGAGCUUCCGCUGAAGUUCCUGAUUUUCUCCCCGCAGAUUGGAAUGAAGCACACAAGAAGAAUCCUCUAGGUCCAAGUUUACAUUUUACUGCAGAGGAAGCUAUUCAACACCAGCUUGAUGCACUGAGAUACAACGAUCAACCCCAUCAAGAUUAUGGAAUCGAGGUCAUGUACCAGUUUGCUGGAUUCGAUCCUCUUCGAAGGUCUACAUAUUUCGGUCCCUUCUUUGAUUUGGGACAGUUUGAGAGAUUCAGACGAGUGUUCCAUCAUUCGACCUAUCGUGUAUUGCUAGGCCAUAAAGAGAGGAAGAUCUUGAGCUGUUUGUUUGUAGAGGAGAACCGAUUCAAGCAGCGAGUAUGGAUACGGGGCUGUCGCCCCAAGGAAGAAGAAAUAUUUCAAUUCACCAUGGUUCAGAGGGUUGGUGGCUCAUGGGAUGGGUAUUGGCUUACAGAGAGCUUACUUAAUGAUGGGGAUGCAUUUAGUGGAGGCUUAGCGUACUGAGAAUGCUCUCCUCAAAUUGGGUGCCUGGUUAGCAAACUUAGCAUGAUAUUGUUCAAUUUGUAUAUUUGAAAUGUAUAUCAUACGCCUGUAAGAUCACAUAACUUAGAAUUUGUAUAUAAUAUUAACAUAGUUACAUUCUAUCAUUUGAGAAUCCCCUUUGAGUCGGUUUGGGUUGGUCAGAUUCUUCGAGUGAUCGAGUUCUUUGAACACUCCAAUAGACCAUAUCAAUAAUAGUAUGAUAUAUCUAUCGAAACAAA